AUGGUCGCCCUUUUCAACAUGCUGCCUGCCCGGCAUAUUCAGAAUCUGAGUGAUGCCACAGCUCUGCAGCAUCACUGGGGGUAUGCGGACAGGGCCAUUCCUUGCACGAACGAUGCAGGCUCCUGUGCGUAUCUCGACAGCGUCUACCACUCUCACGACCUGGGCAUGUUGUACUGUGGCAUUUUUUGGUCGACGAUUGCAGGGAUCCUCUUCGUUUGGGCUAUCGCAAGACGUUUCUUCCAGCCUUCAGAGAUGCAUCCAGUCACACUGCCAGAGAAGGGGAGACCUAGCAGUGUGUCUCGACAUGGGUUACAUCGUUUGCAGAACACAUUUGCCUCUUUUGGCCGACGCUAUCUGCUUUCCGGUUGUCUCAGGCCUGUCUUCGGAAGGACAACUCGGCUUCAAGUUGUUAUCUUAGCCGUGUUGACCGGAUACCUUGCAGUAUGGACAUUCGUUGGCAUCACCUACAAGCAAUGGAUCACGCCCGUCAAGGGAAUGCCUGGAACAUACAACACGCGGACAGGCCUUGGACCAUGGGCCGACCGCGUCGGCGUUCUAGCCUAUGCUCUCACGCCGCUAUCAGUCAUGCUCUCCAGUCGAGAGUCUCUCCUCUCGCUUCUCACGGGUAUACCUUACCAGCACUUCAACUUCCUGCAUCGUUGGCUGGGGUACAUCAUGCUCCUACAAGGCUCGUUGCACACCAUCGGAUGGUGCGUCGUUGAGAUGAGGCUUUACCAGCCUCAGCCACAAACAGGACUCGAAUGGAUCGCGCAGAAAUACAUGAUAUGGGGUGUCGUUGCCAUGUUCCUUUUGACCAUCAUCUUCAUCCUCAGUACGCCUUGGGCUAUCCGCAGGACAGGGUACGAGUUCUUCCGCAAAUCGCACUACGUUGUAGCAAUGUUGUACAUUGGCGCUUGCUGGGGCCACUGGUCGCGACUUGAUUGUUACCUGAUAGCGUCGCUGGUUUUGUGGCUGAUUGAUCGAGGUGUACGACUGGUAAGGACCGGAUUGAUUCAUUACAACUAUUUGGCCGGGUCAAGUAUGGGUUUCAGGAGUGCAGGUGCUGCUAUUACUUACUUCCCUGACGCGAAAAACGGCGAUGUGGUGCGGCUCGAUUUCACACAUCCGCAAGGUCCUUGGGACGUUGGUGCACACUUUUACCUCUGCUUUCCCGAAGUGAGUAUUUGGCAAGCACAUCCGUUCACCCCAUGCAGUCUCCCCGGCGACAGCUCGAAGGGACAGAUGCAUUCAUACAUAUUGAGGGCAAAGAGCGGCGCGACAAAGGUGCUGGCUGAUUUGGCUGCUACCAAAACGGUAUCUCGAAACAGCGAAAAAGUGUCUGCUGGACCCGCCCUACCGACUACACCCGUGAUAGUGGCUGGGCCAUACGGAGGGUCGAUCCUGAGCCACCUUGAGCCUGACACGAACGUGAUGUGCGUAGCGGGUGGCACGGGAGUGACGUUCGUACUGCCUGUCCUGCUACAGCUGGUCAAGAACACAACUCGAUCGAACAGAAGGAUCCAACUAAUAUGGGUAGUUCGAAGGUCUGGGGAUGUGGCAUGGAUCAAGCCAGAACUCGAUGUGCUCCGGCAAGCCGAGGCAUCCCAUGGCUUGAUUGUUCGGAUCUUCGUCACAAGAGAGUGCAGCACAUCCAGUGCCGACGAAGUGCUUUGCAACAAGCCUUGGCUGUCGUCCUCGGAAGGGGCAAUCAAGAUGCCGUCGGACUCAAAACCUGGUUUCAUCACGGUUCAAGCUCCCGCCGCGGAUGGAGAGCAGCAUGAAUCUAGACACCCCGACUUGCGAUCUUUGGUGCGCGACUUUGUGAGCUCAACAAACCUCUUUUUGGGCUUCGCAGGAUUGGUGACCGUCGCAUCACUAUGGAGCACGUGGGGAGGUGAUAUGUUCCCUGCUGAAGGUGAUCCUAAGGGCGAUCCGGAGUACUGGACCGAGACGGAGCUUAGGCGCUGGUUGAAAUUGCGCAACCUGCAGCCGGCCUCGAAGAUGACUCGGGAUGAACUUCUGGAGAGAGUCAAAGCGAACAUGAAGCCCAAGACAGAAUCUUGA